CCUCUGGUAGGUUCCACAAUGGUACAGGCAGCAUCACGCUGCACAAUGGUUUCCAGGCAGUGAAAGAGGGUGAUUCAGCAAGCCACUCUUCUUCUUCUUCUUCUUUUUAAAAACCUUCCCUUCUCUUUUUAUUUUUAUGGGGGUGGGUGUUUCUUGUUAUAUGCUUACCAUUUUCUUUUCUUUUUUCAUUUUUACAAUUUCCCUUUUUUCUCCUCACCCCUCAAUUCCUAGGGGCUUGAGUGACUUUAAGAUUGGGUUUUCUCAGAAACCACUUGUCCAUCAUUAAUUUUGAACAAUUUUCCCACCUCCAAAGAAUCUGUUCUUGAUAACAGUUUGGGAUGUGGUUAAUGGAAAACAAAUAGGGAGGAUUUUGGGGGCAAACACUGCUGGAUGAGGAUCGUAGUUCUGAAGCACGGAAUGACUGCUUGGUGUUGAGCCCUGGGAGAUCUCACAGAAUGCUGAUCAAUGUGCUAAAAAUGGUUGCAGGAAUGACCAUUUCUCGCAGGAAGGUUUCUGUAAAUUUAAUGCCUUAGGCUAGUAUGAGAAACAUCAAUGGCAGGAUCAUCUCAGAUCUUCAUUAUGGCAACUCAUGCAAGAAGCUGUUGAAUUAGAUCCAUUUCCUAUAGAUGAGAACCCACACAAGCAGUGGUAUUUAUGAGCCUCCAUUUACUAUACUACUGCAGUGAACCAACCUUGGAUGUGAAAAUUGCCUUUUGUCAGGGAUUUGACAAACAAGUGGAUGUGUCAUAUAUUGCCAAACAUUACAACAUGAGCAAAAGCAAAGUUGACAACCAAUUCUACAGCGUGGAAGUAGGAGACUCAACCUUCACAGUUCUCAAGCGUUACCAGAAUCUAAAACCUAUUGGCUCUGGGGCUCAGGGAAUAGUUUGUGCUGCAUAUGAUGCUGCCCUUGACAGAAAUGUGGCCAUUAAGAAGCUCAGCAGACCAUUUCAGAACCAAACGCACGCCAAGAGAGCUUACCGGGAGCUGGUCCUCAUGAAGUGUGUGAACCAUAAAAAUAUUAUUAGUUUAUUAAAUGUCUUCACACCCCAGAAAACACUGGAGGAGUUCCAAGAUGUUUACUUAGUAAUGGAACUGAUGGAUGCCAACUUGUGUCAGGUGAUUCAGAUGGAAUUAGACCAUGAACGGAUGUCUUACCUUCUAUACCAAAUGUUGUGUGGCAUCAAGCACCUUCAUUCUGCUGGAAUUAUUCACAGGGAUCUAAAACCAAGUAACAUUGUAGUCAAGUCUGAUUGUACCUUGAAAAUUCUCGACUUUGGACUGGCCAGGACCGCAGGCACAAGCUUCAUGAUGACUCCUUAUGUGGUGACACGUUAUUACAGAGCCCCUGAGGUCAUCCUGGGAAUGGGCUACAAGGAGAACGUGGAUAUAUGGUCUGUGGGAUGCAUUAUGGGAGAAAUGGUUCGCCACAAAAUCCUCUUUCCAGGAAGGGACUAUAUUGACCAGUGGAACAAAGUAAUUGAGCAACUAGGAACACCAUGUCCAGAAUUCAUGAAGAAAUUGCAGCCCACAGUAAGAAACUAUGUGGAGAAUCGGCCUAAGUAUGCAGGACUCACCUUCCCCAAGCUCUUUCCAGAUUCCCUCUUUCCUGCUGAUUCUGAGCACAAUAAACUCAAAGCCAGCCAAGCCAGGGACUUGUUGUCAAAGAUGCUAGUGAUUGACCCUGCCAAGAGGAUAUCAGUGGAUGAUGCCUUACAGCAUCCAUACAUCAAUGUUUGGUACGACCCUGCUGAAGUGGAGGCGCCUCCACCUCAGAUAUAUGACAAACAGUUGGAUGAAAGAGAACACACCAUUGAAGAAUGGAAAGAACUUAUCUACAAGGAAGUAAUGAACUCAGAAGAAAAAACUAAAAAUGGUGUCGUAAAAGGACAGCCCUCUCCUUCAGGUGCAGCAGUGAACAGCAGUGAGAGUCUCCCUCCAUCCUCGUCUGUCAAUGACAUCUCCUCCAUGUCCACCGACCAGACCCUGGCAUCUGACACUGACAGCAGCCUGGAAGCCUCGGCGGGACCCCUGGGUUGUUGCAGGUGACUAGCCGCCUGCCUGCGAAACCCAGCGUUCUUCAGGAGAUGAUGUGAUGGAACACACACACACACACACACACACACACACACACACGCUCACAGACACUCACAUGCACACAAAAAUGCAGACAUGCAAUGACAAGAAAACAGCAAGGAAGAGAAUCCAAGCCUAAAAUUGAAACAAAUCUUUCAGCCUGCUUCUUCUCCAGAGUUCUGUAUUACAGCUAAGCCAAAUGUAUAUUUAACCUAGUUGCUCUUGCUUUGGUCUUCUUCCAAUGAUGCUUACUACAGAAAGAAAUCAAACACAAUUAGAGAAGCCUUUUCCAUAAAGUGUAAUUUUAAUGGCUGCAAAACCAGCGACCUGUAACUGCCUUUCCAAAUGGCAUGACAAGGUGUGCAAUGGCCCCAACCAGCAUGUGUGUGUCUCUAUCUUGCAUCUACCUGCUCCUUUUGGCCUAGUCAGAUGGAUGUAGAUACAGAUCCGCAUGUGUCUGUAUUCAUGCGGCACUGCUAACUUAGAGAUGCUCCUGUCAGUGUCCUCAGGGCUCUACCGAGACAUCAUGCACUGGGGUACUAUGUGGUCCAUUUCAUGUGAUCUACUACUCUGACAUAAACCCAUCUGUGAUAUAUUGCCAGUAUAUAAGCUGUUUAGUUUGUUAAUUGAUUAAGCUGUAUGUCUUAUAAGAAAACAUGUAAAGAGGGGAAAUGGGGGGAGUGAGCUCUCUCGGACCCUUGAAGAUGUAGCUUCCAAAUUUGAAUUGAUUAAAUGGCACCUGUAUACCAAUUUGUAGAAAGAACAGAUGUGAUGCUUAUGUACAUGUGGGGGCGGGAGGGGUGACAGUUUCCAGGCACUGGAUGGGUUGGCUUUUAAAAGGAAGGUGGGGAUAAAGCUGAGUGUCUUUUCUCUGACAGUGUGUGAGUAGGACUGACUAGAGCAGAGUUGCAAUUUGAAGACCUGGAGGAGAUUAUUGCCCAGAUACUAGGAGACACUGGCAUCCAUAUUUUGGAGAAGAGACCCCAGUUGUUAUUUACAAAUUCUGUUUCAUAACUGGACAGAGAGUGGCAGGAGGUGAGGCGGGGUGUCGUGCAUGUACCUGACUGUGAGGACUGCUCCCUGGAGCAGAGCGGGAAGCCCGUGUGUGACAUCCUAACAGAAAGUGGGCCUACCUAGACUGUCCUCACAUUGUGGGUUGUGUUCUCCAUGGGUGUGCUGCUUCCAGGUUUAUACUCUGUCAAGGCUUUACUUUGAGAAGAAAUAUUACUUUCCUAUUCUGGAAUUAAAAAAAUAGUAACUGUUACUUAAACAAAACCCCAAAGCACAGGGUGACCCUCAGGUUAGCAUUUGACCACAUUUCCAUGGAUGUUAUUAUUUCUCAGGAGUUUCCCUGACUACUUAAUAUGGCUGAUGUUUCAUAUUCAUUUAUUUUCAUAAAUUUGAAUCAUCCAAGAAGGGCUGAUCAUUCAAGUUUAGUACUGCAGUCUAUGUGACAGCAAUAACUGCCCACAAGUUAGUGCUGCUAAACAGCUUUAGCAAUAUGAGUUUGUCUUAAAAGCCAUAAAGCAUUUCUGUCAAUGUUUAGCAAAAUCCCCUGGAUUUAGCUCACAUUCAGUAAAAGUGCUUCCCUGAGCACCUAAGGAGGCACUGUGAAACAUCUUGGUGACAGACACAAGACAAUACCAGAGUGACUUCUCAGCAAUACUAAGGACUGGGUUGAGGCUUCCCUUUGUAUUCAUUUUGGUGAACUGUCCAUCACAGCCACUUGCACUCUGACCAUUUUAGUGUUCCCCAAUAUGGUGAUAUUCACCUGAGAAGAAGUGAGAUGCAUGAAAUAGGUGGGUGUCCAGUGUGAUAUAGCUGGAAAAUAGAAUCUCUUCAAAAAUAGAGCAAAUGAGAAUGCCAAAGCUCUGAAAACUGCCUUAAAACAACAAUAGGGAAGUUUUGUCUGUUUCUAAGCAAUCGAAUCAACUCCACUGUCACCAUGUGAGCAGUGCUGCCAUUUAUGGGACUGCUUCACACAGUAGGAUUCAGGACAACAGGUCAAAUGUGGAGGAAAGAAAUAUUAGACUAUGCAGGUUUUCCUCUAGAAUACAAGUGGCCCCAUUUCUGUGUCUUGCUGCCAUUGUUUUUGGUUAAUAUUGCAGACAACCUGAUUUUUAUAAAGCUCCCUCACUUUUCCUUCUGUCAUACUUUCCCACCCCCAACUCCUUAAAAAAACAAAAAUUUUUCUUUUCUAUAUCCAUUAUACUUUAUAUUCUUUCUCUGUCUUCUUCUCUUGGUUCACUUUGUGACCUCUCUAUUCCUGACUUUCUAGCACUUACAAUUAAGUGCGGAGAGCAGGCAGCUCUUUGAAAGAAAGUGAGUUGCAAGGAAUUUCAUCAGCCACAAAACAACCUCAAAGACAGAAGGAAAUCUCCAGCCAGCAUCUUAGAAGUAUUUGACAGACUAUCUUUCCUGUGUGCAAAAGUGGUGAUUUUUAUUUGGCUCAGAUUAAACCAGGCAAGAACUAGGUAAUGUUCCUCCCCUGCUAUUACUACCUUCCUUAAACUCUACUAGUCUGAUCUCCCAAUUGUCUAGCUCUUAGGAGCCAAUUACCUUUAGCCAAAUCUCCCUUAUGGACAAGCAAAAAUGGAUCAGAUCUCUCACACUGAAAUACCAUAUACAAAUAGAGGCAAGAGUUUGACUUCUUGACUACUUGUAGGAUUAAUUUCACUAGGUCAUCAAAGCAAGAUAUGUGAUGGAACAACAAACAGAAUUACUUCAAAAGCCCAUCAGCUCGUCAUGAUCUUGAGUCUACUUUAUUAUAAUAUCUUCAGGAGGUUAUUAUGUUAUCAAAUUAACAAAAUAUAUUAUGUUUUACAUUGGGUAUUUUUUCCCUAAAAAACUUCUAUACAGUCACCUGUAAUUUCCAAAGGACUCUCCUGCUUUUCAGGCAGGGAAGUGUCAAGUGUCAAGACUAUAUUCCUGAACAAAAUGAAGGUCCUGCCUGUUGCUGGGGUUUAUUUUAGAAUAUGUGGUUGGCCUCUGAGAGACCUACCUUCUGUCACUUUCUGUAGGAUGUUGGCUUUGCAGUGAUCCUUAGUGAAAUGUUUUGCUGUGUUUUGUAAAUAGGAGGGCUGUGCACCUACAUGUAGGAGAAAUUAAAUUGUUGGGAGAGUUUGGCAAAAUCCACCACAUCAAUGAUAUUUUUGUAUGAAAUUUGUGAGUCUGUUCAUUUAAAAAAAAAGAUCUUGGCUUUACAACCAAAUUUCUUGUAGAAUAAGAACUGAUAGUGAUCUUGCAUCUUCAAGAAUCUGAUGACUGAGCUUUGUAGCAAUGUAUACCACAGGUGGGCCAGCACCUGGCCAAGUCUUUCCAGUUGGAGUAAGCCAUUUAAUUCAGAGCCGAGGAGCAGGACUUUCUCAAUCUGUUACCAUUAUCAGAAAAAUAUUACCUAAAGAUAUUAAAAACAGCUUACUGGUAAAUAAAAGAAAUAGGCCUUGACAAAUGGAAUAAGUAGGAUAAAAAUAAAUAAAUCUUUUUAUGACCUGGAAUGAAGGAAAAUAUGGGUGGAAGCAAAACUCAUUUUUAAAUGUUAAAUACUCAUUGUAAAACCUAAGCUAUAUAAGACAUAUUUCUUUUUAAUUCUUUAUAUAUGGAAAUCUAAAUCUUAAAAAGAGUACAUUCUACUAAGGAUGUUGUUGCCAGCUUUGUUGACAAUGUAUCUUCUACAGCUUAGAGAAAUGAAUAAAAUUGCUCCAGGAUUCUUUGAUCCCAGCCACUUUGGGUCUAGAGAUGAAUCCCACUCCCCUCUCACAAUACUCCCCCAACCCCCAACACACAGCUAUAAAUUGUGAGAAUCCAACAUUUUCCUCAGAUAUCAUUAAACCAUCAGAAAAAUUACUUCCUGUAAAAACAACAAAGUUACCAUGUAAAUAGUUAUAUUAGUUAUCUUCCAUGUGAUUAAAAUAUAAGAGUCUGUUAUUUCUUCGGGCACCUAGAAAGUCCAUUCACUGUCUGAAGUGGUUUACUUUGAUCCAUUUCCUUGGUCAGUCAAACUGAAAUGGAAGGCUUCUGUUUAUAUAUGGAUUUCUGUGUAUCUAACCUUUGAUUCUGUGGGACCAAUGGCCAGUAUGUGGUAAUGGAAACAAGUCUCCCAACCCUUAUCUAGCAUUAAGCUGUUCACCUUGUCAUGUUUAUCUUGCAACAAGACCUAACUUGCACUUCCCUGUUGUUCUGCAUGAUUGGACUCCCAAGACUAUCACCAAUGAUGACAAUUGUCCUGUAAUGGACUUAAAGCACACACACAUUCACACAUACCUUGUCCUCGCAGUUCCAGGCCAACCCUGGAAGGUAAAGUCGUGUGUCCAGUUUCUCUGUAAGGUCUUAGUGGCAAGAACUAGAAGUCAGUCUAGUGGAUCAGUGUGAUCUCAGUGAUAUUUAAUAAGGGUUUGCAAUUAUUGAAUUCAUUUCUGUGUUGUUUCUCACUCUCUUUUUUAUUUCUCCUGUUUUUCUCAUUUUCAAAAUAUCAGUAGAACAAGAGAGAGAAUGGGAGAGAACUUUGGCUUUUUUGGACUCUUUAGAGGUGGAUAUUGAGUCAAUACAUUGUAAUUUCUGUUUCUUAUAAAUUAUUUAAAAAACUAAAGCAAAUCUGCUUCCUUUAACAUAAAACCAAGUCUAAACUCAGACACUGCAGGAGUUUGCCUGUUGACAGUGGUUGCUGUGCUGCUCGUUGUCCUGGGUUUCAUGUCUGGACAGUAGCUCUGAGACAUCUGACAUGGCUUCAUAGUGUGAUCCCGUUGUGCCAGGGAAUAAAUAAGAAAUGAGGAAUGGCCUACUCUCUCACUAUGGGUAAAGAGUGUGUAAUGUGUAUAUCAUCAGGUAGAAGACUGUGUUUUCAUUUGGGAUUGGUUUCUUCUAAAAAUGGCCAUUUCUGUUUGGGAAUACAGUUCAGCUGUGUGUCUGCAAUUCAGUCAGCUUCCUUAAAUGUAUAAAAUCAGUGAAGGGGAAAAAUAAUUUUCUGGGAGCAUUGUGGGUGACUAGAAUAGGGUUAAAUAUCCUUGGUUAAUUUAUCUGAAUUUUUAAUUAGUUUAAUUAUUACCCAAGGGAGAAGGGAAUGGCAGCCAACCUUAAUA